GUUGGUUAUUUUUACAGUCGAUACUUGAAGUCAUUCAUAUAUGUUUCCGUUCCAGUUGUCGAGGUGUGAGCGAUGUCGCUGCCAGGCCAACAGAGAGGUGUACUGCAGCAUUUCGGACUGUCCCGCCCCUCACUGUGUCAACCCCACCUACGAACCCAACCACUGCUGCCCCAUCUGUAAGACUGGUCCCAACUGCUUUGCCGGGAACAGGGUGAUCCCGGCGGGGGAACGCGUGAACGUCGACGAGCGGACGGUGUGCUACUGCACCUAUCGGGACGGGACGUGGCACACCCAUCCCCACGCCACCUGUGAGCAGCGGCCCGGGCCCAGCCCAACACCGAGCGCCCGCACCGAGCCCCCCGGGGACAAGGGAUCCAGGAAAAGGUCCUUUAUUCCCAGACUGGCUGUGAUACCGUGAAGUGGAGUGGAAAUUUGCACGUCCAGAUAAACUCUAUAUUUAAAGUGCUCUCAUUCUGCUCAUUUCCAGGUUCGUAAUUGUAUUUAGAGGUUGUAUCAGAAUAGGUUUACAUGGUUUUAUUU